CCCGUCCGCAGGUUUCGUUGUUCUUUACCUCUAGCCGAGGCUGAUGCCUGGCCCUGUCCUGCCCUCGCGGAGUCGUUCCAAGCUCUGGAAGCUUUUCUUAAACGCCCUCAGUCCCCUUUGCAAAGCUCUCCUUCCCUUCUCUGCUGAGACAGUGCUGCGACUCUCAUCAUUCAAGCCUGGAACGCUAUUAUUGCAAGACUACCAAAACCUGUUUCGAGAACCAGCGUGCCCCCUGGGGACCCGGGGAUUGGAGUUGGUUAAGAGGCGGGUGCUGAGGGUGGUACUGGGUGCAGAUGGAGGUAGUCAACUUUAAUAUUGCAGAGCUCCAAGCUGAAGCAGCAGAGCAGAUACCCUCUUUACCAACACCCACUUUAGUGAGCAGUAACAUUGAUCCUUAGACUGAUUCUUAUCAAGUUGUUGUGUCCUGUGGAGCCAACAUUGCCUCUACUGAGGGAAACAUGAGAUAAUGAGAAGAGUCUUCGUUUUUUAAAUUUGGUUAGCUGCUGCCCAUAAGGACUGCUUUACACUUCCCAGAUGUCCCUUCUGAAAUGUUGUUUUUCUCCAGCAUUAGUUUAUAGUUCUAUCACAGUAGUUAUUUCUACAUUGCAUUUUCAAAUCCUCCUCAUUAGAUUUCUUUUUUUAUCUUGCAUUCUCACUCUGCCUCUCAUUACAUGGUAGAUGCUCCAUAAAUUUAAUUAAUUAAAUUAGACCAGAUCGUAAACUUUCCCAAAUUUGGAGUUAUCCUUAUUCAGGCAUGCCAUCUGCUGGUUCCCUGGUGUAUCUGUUAGUUGGCCUUAAUUCCUUAAUCCAAUAAAUUAAAAUUCAUGUUGAAGCGCUGCUGAGUUUGUGUGUUGGGCAAUUUUCCCACGUCCUUCCACUUCCUGUGUGCAGGUGCUAUUCUUUCAUUGAACCUCUCCAGAAUUGUUUUUCCUGCAACCUUCUUUUACCUGUUGGCCACUCUAAAAACCCGGAGAAACGGAGUUUCCGUUUCAGAACCCUGGAGUGACCAGAACGAUGUAACUGGGCAUGCUCAGUAGGUUGGCCUGAUUUGGAACAUACUUCUGGCUUGAAUGGGGGCAUUUAAUGCUGUUUGUUUCAGGAUUGGCUGCAUCUUCGUCCUAGCAUUAUAUUGAGAGAUGGCAGCCUUUCCCACCCUCUGGGCGCUCACACUUUUCCAUUUUGUCCGUGUGCCCAAUUUUGGAGCCAGCCCUCUAGGAUCUCCCGGCCAAUCAAGAGACCACACAUUGUUGCCUAAGAGACCCCGGAUGCCAGCGAAAAGAUUUAUAGGUAGUGAUUGGCCUACUGGAAGGGGGUGCUAGACGGUGUCACAGAAACAGGAGCUAUGGCAACGCCAGCGCUAGAGGCUUGAGGAGAAAGACCUGGAGAGAAAGAAAGACUUAAAGAGGUGUAGUUUUUCUUACAGAAGAAUAUCCACUUAUUUCAUGAUGGCAUUUGCACCCCCAAAAAACACAGAUGGUCCCAAAAUGCAGACAAAGAUGAGUACCUGGACACCCCUAAACCAUCAGCUUUUGAAUGACCGGGUAUUUGAAGAAAGAAGAGCUCUGCUUGGAAAAUGGUUUGACAAAUGGACGGAUACUCAGAGGAGAAGAAUCCUGACAGGCUUGUUAGAACGCUGCUCCCUGUCACAGCAAAAGUUCUGCUGUCGAAAGCUUCAGGAGAAAAUUCCAGCAGAAGCUCUGGAUUUUACUACCAAACUCCCAAGGGUGUUAUCUUUAUAUAUCUUUUCCUUCCUGGAUCCCCGAAGCCUUUGUCGUUGUGCACAGGUGAGCUGGCAUUGGAAGAACUUAACUGAACUGGAUCAGCUCUGGAUGCUAAAAUGUUUACGGUUUAACUGGUACAUCAAUUUCUCCCCAACUCCCUAUGAGCAGGGUGUGUGGAAGAAGCAUUAUAUUCAAAUGGUGAAAGAACUCCAUGUUACCAAGCCCAAGACACCUCCAAAAGAUGGGUUUGUGGUCGCGGAUGUUCAACCCAUUAGAAGCAGUUCUCCAGGGGGAAAGCUGUCUCCUUCAUCCGCUUUCCGAUCCUCUUCCUCUUUGAGAAAGAAGAACCACCCAGGGGAGAAAGAACUCCCACCCUGGAGGUCUUCUGACAAGCAUCCAACUGAUAUCAUUCGCUUCAAUUACCUGGACAACUGUGACCCCAUUGAACACAGCUGGCAAGGAAGAAGGAAAAGACAUGAAAUGACUCCAGCUUUCAACCGACAGUCACGUGAUAAGAAAAAUAAAUCACAGGACAGAUCUAAACUAAGAAAAGCACAGUCACUGAGCUCCUUAAAUGCAGAACCCAGGGCCUCCCUACAUGUUCCAGCUCACCUUGCUUGGCUUCCUCACCAGCCACUGGGCCUCCCAGCCACUGAGGCAGCAACAAAAACUCUCACACAGCAUCUGCAGAGGCUCUCUGGACUUCAGUCAUCGCCCCAGGCCUUCCAGCAGCAGCUGAUGCAAAAAAUAUGAAAAGAUUUUUCCAAAAGCGACAAGAUGCUCUACACAGAGA